GGCCCGCCGAAGAUAGAGAGGGGAGUCGGUAACUCGGGAACAAUAAUUCAAUUUGAUUGACCCGAGUGGUUUUAGUGCAUCUUGUGCAAUUCUUCUUUGCGACAACUUUCUUCCGUCCCAACGGCGGAUUCGUAUGCUUACUGGUGCCUUGACUGCUUUGUCUGAUUGUAGAUCUGGACGGCAUAUAAAUACCACUCUCGAAGACCAAAAUUUCCUAUUGCAACCGAUCAAUAUCCGGACAACAAUUGGCUGGACUUAGGGAAUACCUCGAGAGCAUAAAGCACGCUCGAUCGCUCUCCUAGGAGUAACCCAGGCAUCGUCGAUUGACCCACCUGAUUCUAUCAGAACAGCAGCAAUCAUGUCUAACAAGGUCACAAAUCUUCUCGCGACGGCUUUCCGCCUCGAACACCCACCCACUCACCACAAUCCAAACGCUGCCCAAACCACAGAACAGACCCCUCUCCUCGCUGCCUCGUCCGAAAACCCACUCACCCAAGCCGAUUCCGAGACUUUGGAUAUCAAUAAAAUCGGAAGCACUGCUGCGACAGAGGAAGAACAGCAAGCAGAUGUAGAAGACGAAGAUGAAGAUAAACCUUUACCCAUUGGGCAGAUCAUACUGCUUUGCUAUGCGAGAUUGGUGGAGCCUAUUGCUUUCUUCUCCAUCUUUCCAUUCAUCAAUCAGAUGAUUUUGGAAGUUGGAGGGGUCAAGGAGGAGGAUGUUGGGUUUUAUAGUGGGUUGAUUGAAUCUCUCUUUUCCCUCACGCAGAUGAUUUUCAUGAUCUCCUGGGGUCGUGCUUCGGAUCGAUAUGGUCGCAAGCCUGUUCUUGUGUAUUCUGUCAUUGGUGUGUCUAUCAUGACUUGCUUGUUCGGUUUCAGCAAGAGUGUAUGGCAGAUGAUCCUUUUCCGCUGUAUGGCUGGAGUCUUCUCCGGCACCAUUGUCACCGUCAGAACUAUGCUCUCUGAGAACUCGACGCUCAAAACACAAGCUAGAGCAUUCAGCUUGUUCGCGUUUGCCGGCAAUGUGGGAAUCUUCUUGGGCCCUGUCAUUGGUGGUGCUCUAUCCACUCCUGCAAGGCAAUAUCCUAGAGUGUUCGGAGGCAUCUGGUUCUUCGAGAAAUACCCUUACGCCCUUCCGAACAUUGUAGCCAGUCUCUUCGGCUUCAGCGCCGCCGUAAUUUCGUCCAUUUACCUGAAAGAGACGCUCGCAUCUCAGAAAGACAAUGGCAACAAACCCACCGAACCUCCCAUGUCAACAUGGAAACUCCUCCACCAACCCGGUGUGGCAUUUACUCUUUUCCUCUGGUGUUUCGUCUCCCUCCAAGGCCUCGCCAACACCGCCGUCGUCCCCGUUUUCUGGUUCACUUCCAUCCCCCUCGGCGGCUACGGCUUCUCCCCCAUCCAAAUCUCUCUCUUCCUCGGCCUCGGAGGAAUCUCCCAAGCCCUCUGGUUACUAUUCGUCUUUCCCCCAUCUCAACGCCGUUGGGGCACCGGAGGCGUCCUCAGAUAUUGCAGCUACAUUUUCCCCGUCGGCUGUAUCGCGAAUCCCAUAUUGCAGUAUCUGGUGCGCAAACACAUCAUCACGCAUUCUUGGAUUUUGGGUGUGCUGCCUUGUGUCAUGGUGCUUGGAUCCUCGGGUUCUAUGGCGUUCACUUGUAUUCAGUUGGCUAUCAACAAUAUCUCGCCUUCCCCUGCUGUGUUGGGGACGAUGAAUGCGUUGGCUUUGGCUAUGGUUGCUGGUAUCCGCGCGGUAGCCCCGGGGUUGUUUGCCAGUCUUUUCGCUACGGGAGUCAAAGGGCAGAUUUUGGGGGGAUAUCUGGUCUGGGUUGUCAUGGUGGGGAUGACGGGGAUUUUGUUUGUGGCGGUGAGGUUUUUGCCUGAGAAGGCUGAGGGAAGAAUUAAGAGGGUUGAUGGGGAGGGAGAGGCUUGAGAGGAGGCAGGGAAAGUUCUGCUGUAGAUGGUUGGGUUGGUAAAAAAUUCGCAUUGAGAUGAAGUUUAGACAAAGAUGUAUUAUUAUAGAAGAAUUGCAUCGGAACCUGAUCUCUCCC